AUGAAUUCCAUGUGUGCGUUUUUAUUUCAGAGUUUUUUAUGUUUUUCUACAUUAGCGGUUGUGCUUGCAGCCGGCGAUGGCCGAUAUUUAAGUCUCAACUUAACAAAUGUUGGUGAUGUCUACACUGUAGAGGUGGGAGUUGGUACCCCUCCGCAGAAACUGCAUGCAAUAUUGGAUACUGGAUCUUCUGAUAUGUGGGUUAAGGCUAGUACUGCUCACGGCGAUGAACGCACAAUGUAUGACUCCCCAACGUUUGACUAUACUCGUUCCACUUCCCUACGUAAAACUGGUUACGAUUUCUUCAUUAAUUAUAUUGAUACUUCAUCUACUGGUUUUUGGGUAACUGAAAAGGUAACGGUUGGAGAUGUCGAACUAGUAGAUUUUCAACAUGCAGUUGUGAACCACACUACAACAUCUGUUCCUGCAAUUCUUGGAAUUGGUUUUCAAGAUGGAGAAUCGAUAAUUGGCUAUCCAAAUUCACCAAAUUUCACUUAUCCGAAUUUUCCAGUUGCUUUGAAAGAGCAAGGAUAUAUCGAUGAGGUUGCAUACUCAUUGUAUCUCGGCGCUGAAGAUAGGCAAGAUGGUACUCUAACUUUUGGAGCCAUUGAUCAUGCUAGAUAUGUUGGGAAUCUUUAUACCUUUCCUGUUGUGAACGUAUAUCACUUUGUUUCAACGCCAGUUCAAUUACAUAUAACAUUGCAAGGUGUUGGAAUAUCUGAGAGUAAUUUUUCUGCUCCAAGAACGUUAUAUGACGUCCCAUCACCUGCACUUGUGGAUACUGGUACCAAUGGUAUCAUUGCCCCGGCGAAUAUUGUGUUUGAAAUUGCAUCCAAAUUAAAUGCUGUUUUUGAUGACGAACACGAUAUUUUCGUGUUUGAUUGUGACUUAUUUGAUAAGAUUCAGACUACAAUCUUGAAAUUUAAUUUCGGUGACUUAACAAUUGAUACUCCACUCGCUAAUCUUUUGAUUACAGCUGAGGAUCUAGGUGGUUCUCAAUGUGGCUUGUCCCUCAUGCCCGAUGAACGCAACAGGUUUAUCCUAGGUGUACCAUUCUUGAGAUCUGUUUAUGCAGUCUUUGAUUUAGAAAGAGCAGAAAUCACUUUAGCCCAAGCUAACUUACAACCCGGAGAGCAGGAUCUCCAAGUAAUUCACGAUGAAGUUCCGGGGGCCAUUAGGGCAACUGCACAACCAUGGGUUUUACCACCUGGGGACAGUCCACCAACGCGGGGGCAGCCAUUGAAUUCUACCCAAGAGGUACCUAAAGUUCCUGCGGCAACAUUGUCUCCUGCUCAAGAUUCAAGUGCCAGCCCUCCAUCUAUCCCAAUUACCACUUUUGAGAGCAGCUCGCGCCCUGCUGCCACUCCAAGUACACCUCCAGCGGAAAUAACCAAAGUGCCACAGACAGCAAACUGUUCAUGUCAUAACCCAGAGGUAGACUCUGUCCAUGGACUGAAAACCUGUGAUGAUUCUAGCGUACUGCCUAAACCUUUGCCGGUAAGUAUUCAGCAUGCCCAGGCUGACUCCCAAAAUUCGGUUACUACAUUAACGCCAAUACCAUUACCUGAGCCAACUGAUGGGGACCAGACAACACCGUCUCCUGCUAUAAAUUCUCCAGAUAUGCCAUCAGUUCAAUUAAUAUCUACAAUAUUAGCCAAGCCAGGCAACUCAUCUCCGAGUCAAGAUCAUAUACUGUCCGUGAUUGUAGUUACUGAAUACAAGACAGUUGAAACUACAGCAACGGUCACGUUAGUGUCAUGUGCAGUAUAA